AUGACGAUACCAAUGAGGUUCCUAUCAAAGAUGGGUAUUUAUAAGUUCCAAAUUCAACAAGUUUCCAUUAUUGUAAGGCUAGUAGAUUGUGAUGCUUUAGUUGCCACAGGCCUUUUAGAGUUAAGGUCUGUGAUUGGAACCACUAGUGCUGUUGGGCUGACCCUCAAGUACAAUCCCAAUUACGAUGAACUCACAAUGUUGCAAUUUUGUGUCAGAAAUCAUUUCCUCGUACUUCAAUUGUAUCACUUGGAUUCAAUUCCACAGUGCUUAAAGGAUUUUCUUGGUGACCCAGAAAUUUGUUUUGUGGGUAAUGGCGGUUUGAGAAGUGGACUUUCUGAUCUGAAUUCUCAUUAUGAAAUAGAAUGCAAGAGCGGUAUUGAAGCGAGUGAGUUGACUGCUAAGAUUCUUAAGAAGCCUAAUCUUUUAGGGGUUGGGUUAGCAAGAUUAGCCGAUGAGGUUGGAAUUCCUUGCGUGGAAUCGCCAAGUUUGGGUAGUUUUGAUUGGGGUGCUAAGGUUUUCUCCGAUGAAAAAAUCAAGUAUGCUAUUCAAGAUGUUUAUGCAUGUUCUCUGAUUGGAAGCAAGCUGUUGGGAAUGCUUUAA